AUGCCUCCAGACCGCCACUACUCGCCCCAGCUCGUCCCCGCUCUCGACCACGACCCGCUCGGCUCGCCCUCGUCCUCAUCGCAUGCCCGCAACCCUCCCAACUCGCUCGGCCUGUCGGCCGUGCAGGAAGCGCAAAGUCAAGUGAGCCCGCACCUCCUCCUCGUCCUCCAGUGGCAGUGCACCCGGCUCACCUUGCUCCCUCGCCGCAGAUGCGACGGCGUCCAGCCCUUAGACAUGUCCAGCAUGCGGUGCGACUUUGACACCGAGGAGGAGCGCCGCAAACCUGUCGGCGGCGGCAAGGUCGCAGCUCUCGAGGCCAAGAUCGCUGCUCUCGAACGCCGACUCGUCGAGGUGACGGGGCACAGCUCGGCGUCGCCGGCCUUGGGCGCCUCCAACUCGCGGCCGGCGAGCGCGACCACGGCGGGUGCCGCGCCUCAUCAGCAUCACCAGCACCAGCACCAGCAGCACCACGCCCACGACCCGACGUUCCAGUACAACGCGCCGCCGUACGGCGUCGCGACCAACGGCGCGCAGCCGAGCCUGCCGCACUUUGACGCGUUCGCCGCCGCCUCGAUCCAGCAGCAGCAGCAGCAACCACCUGUCGCAUCGACGUCGGCCCUGCCCGAGUACAGCUUCCCGCCUGGACCGCCAACGUACCCGUCGCAGCCGUCCGUGUCGUCGUACGGCCAGUUCUCGGCCCCGUUCGACCCGUUCGCGCCGAGCGUCGCCGGCCCGUCGCCGUCCACCGCCGGUCCGGGUCACGCGCCCCAGUCGUUCGCCAACGCCUACUGGCACCCUGCGCCCGCUCCCGCCUCGGUCCCGGGCAACCCUCGCCUGCCGUCGCCGCACCUCCUCGAGCGCCUCCUGUACAUCUUCUUCGACACGGCGCACGAGGCCGUCGACCUCGUCAGCCGGCGCCGCUUCAUGGACGCGUUCGCGCUCGGCCCGGCGCACCGCGACUACCCGGCGCAGAGCCUGCUGCACGCCAUGGUGGCCACCGCGACCGACCUCGCCGGCGACGAGGUGUGGGACGGCGAGGAGCGGUACUGGGGCGCUCAAGGCCCCGCAGAGUACCACGCCGACUUUGCCGACGUCUUGAUCCCGCUCGGGUUCCGCACCGAGCGCAACAUCCUCCAGGUCGCCCAGGCCGCCGUCCUCUUUGCGUGCUUCAACCUGUAUCACGGCCGGUUCUCGAGCGCCUACAUCGACACGUCGGUCGCCGUGCGCAUCUGCAUCUCGCUCGGGCUCAACCACGAGUCGUACUCGCCGCGCGACCUCCCGCUGUCGUCGUUCCUGUCGCACCGCACGUUCCUCACGCCGCCGCGCGACGAGGAGGAAAUGAUGGAGCGCGCCACGACCUGGUGGUUCGCCCUCACGGUCGAGACGUUCAGCGCCGCCGCGACUGGGUGGGCGUGCUGCAUCGACGAGCGCGACAUCACGACCUUGAUCCCGGCGGCUUCUCCCUGUGGCGACGACCCGACGGCGCGCGACGCGCUGUACCUCCACAGCCCGUCCUUCUUCUCGCUCAACCCGCCGCACCUCGUUCGCCUCGUCCAGAUCAACCUCAAGGUCACCGUCCUCAUGAACCGUGUGUGCACGUUCGUCCACCGCACGACCGCGCUCGCCAACGCGACGCCGGACCGCAGCGCGCUCGGCCCGAGCGACUUUCCCAAGAUCCGGGCUUCGCCCGCCUUCACCAAGCUCGAGUCGGCGCUCGAGAACUUUGGGCGCAAGGCGCCGGCCCAACUCGUGACGCUCCUCGAGCCCGAGGCGUUCCUGUGCCCGUCGCUCGUCGCGACGAGCGUCAUCCUCCUCCACGAGCGCUUCUCGACGAGCGACGACGGCGACCCGAGCAUGGUCAAGUGUGCAGAGGCGUGCCGCAACAUUUUUCAGAACAUGCAGGUGCUCAACAGCGCCUCGUUCCACCCUCGCCAGAUCCCGCCGUUCCUCACUUUUUGCUGGGGUGUCGCCGGGCGCACCCUCAUCCGCGAGCUCGCCAUCAAGCACCUGCGCGGCGUGUUUGACGGCGACGACGUGGCGCAGCUGCGCUCGUGCGUGCGGUCCAUCUGCGCCCGCCUCGAGCAGACGAGGACACCUCUCGGUCCCAACAUGGCCGCCGCGCUCCUCGUCAUGCUCGACCACCCGGACAUCUGCCUCCCGAGCGCCGACGCCGCCGCGCGCAACCCGUCCGGCGUGACGAGCAUCGCGCGCCUCACGAGCCUCCUCGACGCCCAGAACGGGCACGCCGCCGGCGGCGGCGGCGGUGGCGGCGGCGGUGGGGCGAGGAACGCGGUCGUCGCCGACACGGUCUCGAAGGGCGCUCAGGGCGGCGGCGCGGGCGCGGUUGUUGGCAUGGUGCUGCCGCCUGGAGCGGGGGUGCCGGGAGGGUAG